ACACCAAAGAAGAAGCAGAAGCAGGAAAAGAGUAAAUAAAGAUGUCUGGUGCUAAUGUAAAGAUGAGUGAUACUGUCAGUUUAUUUGGAGGCAGAGUGCCUGCUGAGGUGGACAUGCUAUAUAAACAUUUAAAGAAUGUGAACAGAGAGACUUUCACGCAGAUACUCAGAGCUGUGGUGAAUGCCAUUGGUGGUCAGGACUGCUGUGAGUCUGUGAGAGAGAUUUCAGAGAGCGGUUUUAUCUCAGAAGAGAGCUUGAACCAUGUGAUGGCCGGACUAUAUGCUCUUCUGAAAGAAGCUUUGUGCCAGCCUUCUUUAAAACAAGAGGUUUUUAGUGAUGAUCUAAGAGCUCUACGUUUUUCAGAAGAAUUGCUUGCAGACCUAGUUGCUGUUGUCUUUGGAAACAGGCAAACCUCUAUGAAUGUUAGCGAUAAACAUGAAGGGCCACAUCUGGCAAAGAUCGAGGAUCUUAAAUGGAGAGUUGAUGUUGCCAUUUCAACAAGCUCACUGUCUCGAGCAUUGCAGCCAUCCAUUCUCAUGCAGAUGAAACUGUCAGAUGGCUGUACACAUCAGUUUGAGGUUCCAGUUGCUAAGUUUCAGGAGCUUCGGUACAAUGUUUCUCUAAUUUUAAAGGAAAUGAAUGACAUAGAAAAGAGGAGUAUUCUCAAAAUACAGGACUGAUCAUUUAGAUCAAAUUGUCAUAUACUAUAGAAAACUAGACAUCUCUUGUUAAUCAUUUUGCACGUCUAUGUGUAAAAAAUAAUAAUAGUCUAUUUCUGCCACAGUAAAAAUCAUUUUCAUAACUCUAAAUGUAUUUCUUAUAUGUGAACAUUCAGAAUCUGUCUACUUUUUUCUAAUAUUUAGAAAAUGUUAUUAAUUGUACUGAAUAAUUUUGUACUAACUGCUUCAGUUCAGUUUUGCACAAGGUUUGCCUUGCCACAGUGUGUUGACAAAAAGUGAACUCCUGGAUAAACUUUAAAAUACUUCAUCUGAACUAAACCAAUUAAGUUUUUUCAACAUGCUGUAAUUUGUUGCAGUGUGCAGUAAUACAUUAAAGGUGUCAUAUGUUUAAUUCAUUACUUCUUAAGUUGAUUAGUGGUUCACUUUUGACAGUAAAGAAACAUAGGCCAACAUAUUUUUUUGUUGUCAUUAUUCUUUAAAAAUAAAUAUUUCUUUUUUUGUCA